AUGUCGGGUCCUGUGCUAUUCGUGGAUGAGGAGUCCUCCGUUUCCAGCGCGAAUCGGUCGGACAGCGCUGGUACGGAGAGCCCAGAGAGGACCCAGAGUUGCAAGGAGCUUCAGGAGCUUCAGGCCACGAGCCCGGAACAUGUUUCUAUGUCGAUGCAGCUCUCCAGCAAGCCCGACUUGGAGAAUCAGGAGUCGGGCUGCCGGGGAGGCGCGCAUCAUCAUUCCGCACAUCUUCCGGGCCAGGCAUGUUGCAAAAAAUGCGCCAACUGCCCGAGCAUUUGGACGUGGCGCACCUGCGGUCUCCCACUGGGGGGCUUCUUCCUUGCCUUCUUGAACUCGGCCGCAUCAAGCAUUGUGUACGGCUUCUUCCUUGGCUACAUGGGGUUGGACUCGUACAUCUUGAUGUCCAUCUCGGCCCUCAUGAAACUCCCACAAGUGUUCCUUCUCCCGUUCGGCAUGUUGACGGACUGCCUCCCCAUUUUCGGUUACAACCGGAAGCCUUACUUCGUGGCAUCCUGGAUCAUAUGUGGCAGUGCGCUCUUGGUCAUGAGCUUGCGGCCGCUUCCUGCGCCAUACUACUGCCAAAACCCUGAUGGCAGCUACGACACGAUGAGACCACCAUGCAAUCCCAGCAUCCAUGCUGACAAGAAUUGGUAUGUGUUCCCGCUGUUCAUCCUCGUUGCGGGCGUUCAGUUGGGAUGUGUGGCUGGCGAGGGUCUCUUGCUGGAGUACUCCCAGCAUGAGCCGAUACAGUGCCGUGGCAAGAUGAAGGCGGAGUUCACAAUCGUCACCAUGGCAGGCUCUCUCGUUUCCUCGGCAGUCGUUGGUGUCUUCCUAAACAAGAAGGAGUACUUGGGCACGUUCGACUGGGGCUUGUCCUUCAGAGGCUUUACGGCAUUGUGUUUGGUGCUGGCCACCUGCUUGAUCCCCAUCUCCUUGUUCUGCGUCCAAGAGCCCAAGAAGCUCAAACAGCCAUCGUGCAUCGGCCAUGUGAAGUCUUCUUGGAACCUGGUGAAGAGCAAAGGGUUUUCGAGUGUUCUGCUGUUUGCCUUCGUCGCCCAGUUCUUCAGCUCUAUCUCCACCACCGCAGGACCUCUGGUCCGCAGCCAGUGGGCAGGGGUCAGAGUCUUGCAGCAGCAGCUGUUUGUCAUGGGCAGCAUGCUUGUCAUGAUGGUGGCCACCUGGUUCUACAAGGUGUACCUCCUCCAGACAUGCUGGCGCAAGGCUAUCUUCAUCGCCAUGGUCGUAGUGACAGUGUCAGAUUCAAUUCCGACCUUUCUUACAAUCUUCGAUGUGGUCCGCAAUCAAUACUUCUUCCUUGGCGAGGAUGUCCUUAGCGCAGUGCCUACGACGGCACUUGCCUUGAUCUACAGCCUCAUGGUCAUUGAGCUUGCGGAGCCUGGACAGGAAGGUCUUUGCUUUGGCUUGAUUGGAACCGUGCAGCAUGCAAGCUUGCCAAUUUCCACGGCCUUGAGCAAUCAAGUCUUUGGUCUCUUCACGCCCUCCUUGUCCAAGCUGGAGAACUACGUGACCGACACGCCUGCGUUCCGGACCACGGUGGCUUUGUCCUUUGCGCUGGCCUACGGCGCUUCCUUGCUCGGCAUGUGCGCGCUUCCCCUGGUCCCGCGGCAGAAGGCGGAUGUCGAGAGGCGGAAGAAGGAGCCUCGACCUCGAAUUCCCACUCUAUGCCUGCCCUACGGCGUCGCGGUCUUGCUGCUGAGCAGUCAGCCGUCAACGGCCUGCUUGCGCUGGAUCGGAGGUGCCCGGGCCCUGAAGCUGUCAGUUAGCAUACGUCCUCCAAAAGCGGCUGUUAAGACAAGGAGCGUGCACGCGAUUGUUUUGGAGGGUUGCUCCCCAGACCCCUGGGAGGAGCUUCAGGCCACGAGCUCGGACGGCGUUUCUAUGGCAAUCCAGCUCACGAGCAAUCUCGACUUGGAGAAUCAGGAGUCGGGCUGCCGUGGAGGCGCGCAUCAUUCCGCACAUCUUCCGGGCCAGGCAUGUUGCAGCAAAUGCGCCAACUGCCCGAGCAUCUGGAUGUGGCGCACCUGCGGUCUCCCACUGGGGGGCUUCUUCCUCGCCUUCUUGAACUCGGCCGCUUCAAGCGUUGUGUACGGGUUCUUCCUUGGCUACAUGGGCUUGGACUCGUACAUCUUGAUGUCCAUCUCGGCCCUCAUGAAACUCCCACAAGUGUUCCUUCUCCCGUUCGGCAUGAUGACAGAUUGCCUCCCCAUUUUCGGUUACAACCGGAAGCCUUACUUCGUGGCAUCCUGGAUCAUAUGUGGCAGCGCGCUCUUGGUCAUGAGCUUGCGGCCGCUUCCUGCGCCAUACUACUGCCAAAACCCUGAUGGCAGCUACGACACGAUGAGACCACCAUGCAAUCCCAGCAUCCAUGCUGACAAGAACUGGUACGUGUUCCCGCUGUUCAUCCUCGUCGCAGGCGUUCAGUUGGGAUGUGUGGCUGGCGAGGGUCUUUUGCUGGAGUACUCCCAGCGUGAGCCGAUAGAUUGCCGGGGCAAGAUGAAGGCGGAGUUCACAAUCGUCACCAUGGCAGGCUCUCUGGUUUCCUCCGGGGCCACUGGGGUCUUCCUAAACAAGAAGGAGUACUUGGGCACGUUCGACUGGGGCUUGUCCUUCAGAGGCUUUAUGGCCUUGUGUUUGGUGCUGGUCACCUGCAUGAUCCCCAUCUCCUUGUUCUGCGUCCAAGAGCCCAAGAAGCGCAAUCAGCCAUCGUGCGUCGGCCACGUCAAGUCUUCUUGGAACCUGGUGAAGAGCAAAGGGUUUUCGAGCGUUCUGCUGUUUGCCUUCGUCGCCCAGUUCUUCAGCUCUAUCUCCACCACCGCGGGACCUCUGGUCCGCAGCCAGUGGGCAGGGGUCAGAGUCUUGCAGCAGCAGCUGUUUGUCAUGUGCAGCAUGCUUGUCAUGAUGGUGGCCACCUGGUUCUACAAGGUGUACCUCCUCCAGACAUGCUGGCGCAAGGCUAUCUUCAUCGCCAUGGUCGUAGUGACAGCGUCAGAUUCAAUUCCGACCUUUCUUACAAUCUUCGAUGUGGUCCGCAAUCAAUACUUCUUCCUUGGUGAGGAUGUCCUUAGCGCAGUGCCUACGACGGCACUUGCCUUGAUCUACAGCCUCAUGGUCAUUGAGCUUGCGGAGCCUGGACAGGAAGGUCUUUGCUUUGGCCUGAUUGGAACCGUGCAGCAUGCAAGCUUGCCAAUUUCCACGGCCUUGAGCAAUCAAGUCUUUGGUCUCUUCACGCCCUCCUUGUCCAAGCUGGAGAACUAUGUGAGCGACACACCUGCGUUCCGGACCACGGUCGCUUGGUCCUUUGCGCUGGCCUACGGCGCUUCCUUGCUCGGCAUGUGCGCGCUGCCCCUGGUCCCGCGGCAGAAGGCGGAGGAGUGGAGUCCCAGCUCAAUCAUGGCGAUUUUGGUCUUAGGAAUUCCCACUCUAUGCCUGCCCUACGGCGUCGCGGUCUUGCUGCUGAGCAGUCAGCCAUCAACGGCCUGCUUGCGCUGGAUCGGAGGCCCAGGCUGCGAGCACCUCGCUUGA